AUGAUUCCUCGGCUGCAGGUGUUGGAGGGCCAGCUGGAGGUGCUGCAGGUGGAAGUGGAGGAGUUGGAAGACCAGGUGGAGCAGGCAGUCCAGACCUGGGCCCUGGAGGAGCUCCGCAGGCCCUACAGUCGCCUCAGCAGCCUGAACCAGCAGCUGCAGCACCAGGCGGCUUGCAGGGGUCAGAGGUUACAGGAAGUCCUCCGUCUCCACGAGUUUAGCCGAGAGGCGCUGGACUUGGAGGACUGGAUGACCCGCCAGAGACCGACAGCCGAGUCCCAGGACCUGGGCAACAACUACCAACAUGUACAGCUGCUGCGGGGGAAGUUCGAAGGUUUCCUGAAGCAUCUGGAAGUCGGAGACGAGAGACUGCAGAGCUGCAGCGAGCUGGCUGCUCCGCUGCUCCGCAACAAGCACCCACAGAGAUCUGCAGUCAGAGAGACGCUGCAGCGGCUCAG